AUGAGACAUAUGGAGAAGAGGAACAAUGUGACAGAAUUUAUUCUUUUGGGACUUACAGAGAAUCCAAAGAUGCAGAACAUCAUAUUUGCUGUGUUUUUUGUCAUCUAUAUAGUUUCUGUGACAGGAAAUGUGCUCAUCGUCAUCACUAUUACUGCUAGCCCUUUACUGGGGUCCCCCAUGUACUUUUUUCUGGCCUAUCUCUCCUUUAUUGAUGCCUGCUAUUGUUCUAUCAACACUCCUAAACUCAUUGCAGAUUCACUCUAUGAAAAGAAGACUAUUCUGUUCAAUGAAUGUAUGAUUCAGAUCUUUGCAGAACAUUUUUUUGGAGGCGCUGAGAUCAUUCUGCUCACCGUGAUGGCCUACGACCGCUACGUGGCCAUCUGCAAGCCCCUGCACUACACAACCAUCAUGAACAGCCGUGUGUGUGGUCUGCUAGUGGGAGUGGUUUGGGUGGGAGGUUUUCUUCACUCAACCAUACAGAUCUUCUUCAUCUUCCAACUACCCUUCUGUGGUCCUAACAUCAUAGAUCAUUUUCUGUGUGAUCUGAAUCCUUUGCUCAACCUUGCCUGCACUGACACCCAUGUUCUGGGGCUCUUUGUUUCUGCCAACAGUGGAUUUAUCUGUCUGUUAAACUUCCUUCUCUUGAUGGUCUCCUAUGUGGCCAUCCUGCGCUCCCUCAGAAACCACAACAUGGAGGCCAGGCGCAAAGCCCUCUCCACAUGUGUCUCCCACAUUACAGUGGUGGUCUUAUUCUUUGUGCCUUGCAUAUUUAUGUACAUGAGACCCGCGGUGACUUUUUCCAUUGAUAAAGCAGUUGCUGUGUUCUACACAGCCAUAACACCCAUGCUAAACCCCUUAAUCUACACCUUGAGAAAUGCACAGAUGAAAGAUGCUAUUCAGAGAUUAUGCAGUAGGAAGGCUAUUUCAAGUGAUAGUUAA